AUGACUACACCCAAGUACUUGAAACUGGGGGAAGGAGGGCAGGGCCUGCAGCCCUCCAGUGUGGCCAUUGCCGCACCCUUUCCCCAUCACCAUUACUACCACCACCACUAUCAGUAUCAUCCAGGGAGCAGGAAACGGGAGAACAAGGCCAGCACAUAUGGGAUGAACUAUCUGCUCUCUGGCGGCUGUGUCGGCAUCGUCCGCAAACGAACUGCCCUAGCUGGUGACAGCAGCCCCUGCUCUCCAGUGCAGCCUGGGGGCAGCCUUGCUCUAGGCAUGCCUUGGAAAAGCAGGCAGUACAGCUCAGGCAUACAAGGGCUCCGUGAAGAAAUAAUUGACUUCUAUGACUUUAUGUCCCCAUGUCCUGAAGAAGCAGUUAUGAGACAAGAAGUCGUGAAAAGAAUAGAAACUGUCAUCAAAGAUCUUUGGCCUACAGCUAACGUUCAGACAUUUGGAAGUUUUAGUACAGGGCUUUAUCUGCUAAUAAGUGAUAUUGAUUUAGUAGUUUUUGGAAAGUGGGAGAGCCCACCUCUACAGCAGCCAGAACAAGUUCUAAGGAAACACAGUGUGGCUGAGCCAUAUUCAAUUACACUACUUGACAAAACUACAGUACCAAUAAUUAAACUUACAGAUCAGGAAACAGAGGUGAAAGUUGAUAUUAGUUUUAAUGUAGAAACUGGUGUGAAGGCAGCUCGACUUAUCAAAGACUACAUGAAGCAAUACUCAUUGCUGCCUUACUUGAUUUUAGUAUUAAAACAGUUCCUUCUUCAGAGGGAUUUGAAUGAGGUUUUUACUGGUGGAAUUAGCUCCUACAGCUUAAAUUUAAGGGCAAUUAGCUUCUUACAGUUGCACCCAAGAAUUGAUGCUCAAGGAUUUGAUGAAAACCUAGGAAUGCUUCUAAUAGAAUUUUUUUAACUCUAUGGGAAUUUUAAUUACUUAAAAACUGGUAUUAGAAUAAAAAAUGGAGGUGCCAAAGAAGAAAUCAUGAAAACCAUGACUAAUGGAUAUCGACCAUCUAUGUUAUGUACUGAAGAUCUUCUUCUACCUGGCAAUGAUGUUGGAAGAAGUCAUGGUGCCAUGCAAGUAAAGCAAGUUUUUGACUAUGCCUACAUUGUUCUAAGCCAUGCAGUAUCACCACUUGCAAAAUCAUAUCCUAAUAGAGAUUCAGAAAGUAUGUUAGGAAGAAUUAUUAAAGUGACAGAAGAAGUGAUUGACUACAGAGUGUGGAUUUUAAAAAAAUGGGGAAACAAAGCUAACUUUUCGUCUGAUCUUGAUGUUCAGUUGAAAGAGAGAGAACCAGUAUCUCCAGAGAGUGCAACCCAGAAUAGAGAUGUUGAAUUGCUUUACAACCAACCUUCAUUUACUGGUAUGCAACAAGUAUCAUCAGGCUCAUCUGCCUCUUCAGUGUCAUCUCUUUCCGGCAGUGAUGUUGAUUCUGAUACUCCACCUUCCACAACUCCUAAUGCGUACCACUUCAGCCUGCAAGCACCAUCUACAAGUAUGCAAAUAAGCCUUCUCUUAAGUAACUCGAAUCCAAGAUGUUUAGGAGUCAGUAAAUAA